AUGACUUCUCAUCUAAAAGGUAUUGCAAAAUCAAUUAUGUCAGAUCAAAUACAUGACUAUCUCUCUGCUGAAAUAGAAAAGGGAAGAGCAGAGAUCAAAAGACACAAACCAGCAAAAUAUCCUGACAUGAAGAAGGUUGUUUAUGAGUGGUUUCUUCAACAUCAAGAACGUGUGAAUAUCACAGGAGAAUUAAUUUUGCAGAAGGCAAGAGAUACAAUGAAACUCGUGUACCUUCAUGAUGAUUCAGAUUUUAACUUCUCUAUAGGAUGGCUUGGGAAAUUCAAGCACCGACAUGGCAUAAAGUCAUUUCUUCGUUUUGGCGAGAGUGAGUCUGUUGAUGUACAAGACAUGGAGCAGAAAUUGGUAUCGAUUCGGGAGAAAAUAGAUCAGUUCCCUAUGAAAGAUGUUUUCAAUAUGGAUGAAACUGGGUUGUUUUAUAGGCUACAAGAUGAUCUUUCACUGGCAACAAAAUAA